UGAGAGAUCGGAACCGGCCCGGUGUUACGCCUGAGCGCUACCGGGGUGAGCCCGAGGGGAAUCGCGCCCUGCGCCUCCAUUCCUGAUGUUCAGCAGAUCCCCUGGGGCAGGAGCCAGCCCUUCAGAGACCGUCCUGCCUUCACCAUGACGAGAGUCAGUCUUGUUUGCUCACUUCACUCGAUUGUGCUGUGGACGCUCUGCUGGGUUUCUGGAGAGGAGACAGCCAUCACAGCGCAGUAUGGGAAAGACGUCAUCUUGACCUGCAUCUUCCCGUCCAAAUUUAAGAUAAGCUUCCAUCGACUGAGCAUCACCUGGACAAAGGAAGGAGCCCAGGGCCAGGGUCUCCUGGUUCACAGAUUCCAUCUGAAGAUGAACUGGCUGGAGGGACAGGAAGAGGCUUACAGGGGCCGAACACAGCUAUAUGCACAAGAAUUCCCCCAGGGAAACGCAUCCCUGAGACUCAGCGGCGUUCGCCUCCAGGAUGAGGGAUCCUACCUCUGCAACGUCACCUGUGAGCUGGGAAGCUGGUCCCAGAAGAUUUCACUUAUAGUGCUAAGUGACAGUGAAAUGGAAAGGCCCCUCAACGUUCGGCCAGGGGAGGACGUCAUCCUGAAUUGCUCCUUCCAGUCCGAGUUAAACCACCAGCCACUGAACAUCACCUGGAAGAAGGAAGAAGAGGAGGGACCAGAUCUCCUGGUUCACAGCUACUGCUCUGAGCUGGACCCACUGGAAACACAGGAUGAGGCUUACCGGGGCCGGACCCAGCUGUAUCCGGAGAGAUUCCGCGAGGGAAACGCGUCCCUGAGACUCAGGAAUGUCCGGCUGGAGGAUGACGGGGUCUACACCUGCCACGUCAAGCCCCAACUGGGCAGGUUUUCCGUGAGGAUGAGAGUGUCCGUGGAGAAGGAUGCUGAGCUUGUCCGAAGCCCAUCCAUCCUGCACAGUCUGUGGUGGAUUGAUCUGGUCGGGUUACUGGGGAUAUUAGCAUUUGCUCUCCUUCAAAUGUAUUAUCCUUCCCUGCGGAAACUGCGGCUGAACAAAAAGUCACCUCGAAGUGAGUCCCGACAGACUGUGUCCGAUGAUAAAAAAGACAAAGAGGUGAACAAACAUCUUCUCCGGGCAUCCCCGUCAACCUCCAUAGACCUAGGAAUGGCCAAUCCCACCUACAGUCCACCUGCACAUUCCUCCCCGGGGCAGACUGCCAAAGACAUGGGAGAACCAAGGACUGCUCAUGGAGUUCAAAUAGUACCUACAUUGAUUUCUAUAAUGCAGCGGUGGGCUUUGGAAUACACCAGGUUAAAUAUCGCCAUUAUGGGAGAGCGAGGCUGUGGGAAAUCGUCCUUCAUCAAUGCCAUGCGGGGACUAUGUGAUGCAGACGAAGGUGCUGCCCCAGUCAGGGAGGAAGAAACGAUGAUGGAACCAACAGCUUAUCAGCAUCCCAAACACCCGAGCGUGACUUUCUGGAGACUUCCAAUAGAUUUUCAGCCAUGUCUCCAGACAGUGAAAUUUGUCAGCUACGACUUCUUCAUCAUCAUGGGUUUAGAAGAAUUCACAUCUACGCAUGCUGAGUUGGCCCAGGAGAUCCAGAAGGCAGGGAAGAUGUGUUCCUUUGCGCGCGCCAAGGUGGAUGCAGAUUUGGAUGCUGAAAGACGUAGCCGGCCCACCGCCUAUGAUGAGGAGAAAAUAUUGAAGGACAUCAGUAAACACUACAUCAGAGGCCUAGAAGAGGGAAAGUUGAUCGAUCCUGAGGUUUUCCUCCUCUCCGCAUUUGAAUUAGAGAAGUACGAUUUUCCUCUCCUGCGAGAGAACAUGGAGAAAGCACUCCUGGGCAGCAAGAAAAGGGCUUUGAUACUGGCCCUGCCCAACACCUCUCUGCAAACCUUGCAGAAGAAAAAGGAAGCCCUGCAGAAGCAGAUCGGGAAAAUAGCCCUUGUGUCCUCUCUUAUCACGGUUAUUCACAUACCCGGUGUCUCCACCAUUCUUGACGUAACCAUCCUGAUGAUAUGCAUGAGAUAUUAUUGCCAAGUUUUUGGCCUGGAUGAUGUCUCCUUCAUGGGUCUCGCGAGGCAGUUUGGUAAACCAGAGAAAGAGCUGAAGGCCGUUAUGGAGCCCCUGCUGGCUGUUAUGAAGCCCCGGCUGGCCAAGGAAAUUAGCAUUAACAUGGUCUUGCAGAUCCUGUCAUCGUUUGGGUGCGGCAUAUUGAUAGGACUUGAUUUAUUUCUGAAGCCUUUAGGGGUGCUAGGAUUCAUGCUAUCUAGAGGAGCUGCAGGCGUAGGACUCUUGGUGGCUGGUGGAAUUUCAUUGGCUACCACGUAUGUCCUGCUGAAAACCUUCCUCAAUGCUGCUGCUGAAGAUGCCCAAAGAAUCCUACAAGAGCUAAGUCCACAAAAACAGGAAAAGCCAAAGAAGCAAAAGAGACAACGCAAACGAGGAAGGAUUUCCAGGACCAGCUUCUAAAUGCUCAGGGCACACGCUUCACGAGCAGCAUGUGCUUAUUCUGCUGUUCUUGUCCCUGUUCUGGUCCUUCCUUUUGAAGCUCCCCUGGUGUAAUCCUCCAGCGCGUAACUCCACCAGCUUCCACUUGACACUGGGACUGGGCUGAGGUUGUCACACCAGAGGGGCUUAGAUUGGAAGAAUCAGGAUCAUAAACCCGGAUCAACAGAUGACUAGUGAAAUAAUUGAAUGUAGAUGUGUGGGAAAGAGGCUGGCGCAGAGCCUGAGUUCCUUUGUGCAUUCCCAGCCCAGGCACCUGGCCUGUUCUACUUCCCUUCUCAUGGUUCUUUCUUUCUUAUAUUGUUUCUUUUCCCGUUAUCUAUUUAUGUUACAGCCACACUUACUAGAGACCCAGGCUGGGAUCAGGGCCCCGUUGUGCCAGGUGCUGCCCAGACACAGCCAGAGACAGUCCCUGCCCCUAAGAGUUUACAAACAGACAAAAGGUGGAGGGGAAAUGGAGGCACAGAGCGAGACCCCAAGCAGGCCAGAAACACACCCUGCAUCUCCUGAUUCCAAGGCUAGUGGGCUAACAAACCACAUGCCUCACUUCCUCUCUCAGUCUUCCAGCUCCGCUUCCUUGUUUGCCACUCAGCAGCAGGCUCCGUGCCGCCUUGGGCAGAGCGUUUUCGGGGGGCUGGGCUGCAGAGGUCCUAGGGUAACCAGAUGUCCUGAUUUUAUAGGGACAGUCCUGAUUUGGGGGGCUUUUUCUUAUAUAGGCUAUUACUCCCCACCCUCGUCCUGAUUUUUUUACACUUGCUGUCUGGUCACCCUAAGAGAUCCUGGCAUCUCAGCUCAGCGGCAACGCUACAGGACAAGAGAAAUCUGGGCCUGGCAGCUGAGCCAUCUGUGUGGUCUGCUAUGGGGGCUACUGCUGCUUUCCCUGCAGCCAUAGGGACAUGUUUUCACAGGGGGGGACAGAUCCAGGGGCGGGCAAAUUUCUGCUCCCUUGUGGUGUUCUCCUCUGUCCCAAGUCCCCUCUCCUCCCGUCUUCCCCCACCCGGACUCAGGGGUGCUAUUUCAGAUGUGGUGGGGGCGUCAGCUUUACCCAUGAUUCCUGGGGCUACUUUCUACUGCAUCAAUAGUCCAGUCACUUAAAAAUUAGUCCCAAAGUAGCUCAAUCUAUUUAAACAUUUUUUUUAUUAACACAUUGGUCUACACCUUUAAAAAGAAUCACUAUCUAGAGUGUAAUUAAAUAAUGGAUAUUAGCAGCAUACGGAUCUAUAACAAACACAUUUUGGCAGCCAAAUCUUACAAAUUGUUCAGACUGGUUUGGGUUUAUGUGCACGGAAGGGUUUCUACAAAGAGUUAUGAUCAAUACAGAGGAUUUAAGUUGGAAGGAGGUUUCUAGCGUGUUGCUGUAAGAUUGGUGAGGGUAAACAUCACCUCCAGGAAAUUCACUGGUGAUAUCCAAGUCUGUGGGACUCUGCCACCCUCAGAAAUAUUAAAGAGUACAUACAACAGGAGAUCAGAAUAUUUACUAGCUAGAAGAGAAGAAGAUACAGCAGAAAGCUGCAAAAUGGCCGCUUGAGGGGAGCAGUCAAAGGGCAGCAGCUCCUCAAAUGUAUCUGGGAAAAAGGUCCUAGAAAAGUGCGACCCCAGGGGAGAUUUGGUAAAAUCCCGGCAUUCACAGAGGAAUCGGUGUUUCUGUGUUACAGCUAUGGGCCUGACCCAAAGCCCAUUGUUAGCAUUUGGCAAGGGAAAGACUCCCCCAGACACGUGGGAUUAAAUGGCAGAAUAAACGGCCACACGGGGGUACUGCCAUUCACUGCAAAAUUAGAGAAUCGGGGAAAAAAUGGGUAAGUUUUAAGUGUGAUUUAAGCAAUAUUUGUGGUGGUGGCAGCUCAUGCUUCUUUCUUCACCGUGGGGACAGAUUUCUAAGCAUAGAUAGACUAAAAUCUCUUUAAAAGUAGCCACAAACUGACCCAAUCUAUUUAUGUAUUUCUGUUAUUCACCCACUUUGCCACAAAGCACGACUGACUAGGUGGAUAGUAAUGACAACACUGAUUUAGGACACUACAAAUCAAAGAACUGUAAAAAUUUAUUGUGGUUGGUAACCACUUAUGUGCUUUACUUCCUGCAUUUAUCUAAGUGUAUGCAAUGAAAAAAAUCAGUUCUACUACUUCUAAUUAAUUUCACUUUCAAUGUCCUGGUGCUCCAAUGUUUGGGUUUCAAACACUCCCCAGGAGUUUUGGUCUAAGAACUAUUUUCAGUCAGAUAACGUAGCCUUUUAAAAAAGGUUUUGGAACCUUUUUUGUAGUCUAGGGCAGUGGUUCCCAAACUCAUUCCGCUGCUUGUGCAGGGAAAGCCCCUGGCGGGCCGGGCCAGUUUGUUUACCUGCU